GGUGUCUAAAGGAGUGAGAGAUAUACCCGGGAAUUUACAGUCUGCCACAAGCAACAUUCCUUCAGGAAAGUCACUUAUGUACUUUGGUCUAUUUCUGGCAACUGGAGUGUUCUUUGUUUUCAUUGCAUUUGCCAUGUUCCUGCCAGUCAUAGUACUGAUGCCCCAGAAAUUUGCAAUCUGUUUUACGCUUGGCUGUGGCUUUAUCAUUGCAUCAUUUGUGGCACUCAAGGGUCCCAAGAAUCAAUUUGCUCACAUGACAUCAAAAGAGAGACUUCCUUUUACGUUGGGAUUCUUAGGCAGUAUGGUGGGUACUAUAUAUGUCUCCAUGGUGCUCCACAGCUACAUUCUUUCUGUGUUCUUCUCUGUAAUACAGGUUCUGGCACUUGCUUAUUAUGCCAUUUCCUACUUCCCUGGUGGGUCUGCUGGGAUGAAGUUUCUCAUGUCUUCCCUUGUCUCAUCAGUGACGAGAUGUUUCGAGAGGUGAUAUCAUCAUUCUGUUUAUAGUUAGCUUGUAAAUUUUCUCACUCUCCUCGUCUUUUUUUUUAUUUUUUAUUUUUCUAUCUGUUUUUAGAUUUUACAAAAGAUAGUUAGAAACUUGGAAAUGAUGGGGGCAUGUCAUAUUGUUGAAUUGCAGCUCUCAAUCUUACCUUUUAUUUGUUUUUGGUACAUAAAAAUGAGAAACAUGUAAACUAUCCCAAACUUAUUGCAAGGGAAAUGGUGUCCACGGUACUGACAUUUCGCUACGCCUUCAUUUGGGAAGAGGUAAAACGAGGGGAAGGAGAAAAUGAGGGAUAAGAGGAUUUCCUUAAUCAGAAAGAGAAGGGAAAUUGGGGAGCAAUGCUCCCUUUAUUUUCCUCCAAUCCAAACAACAUGAAAGAAAAUAAAUGAAGAAAUUUUCUUUAAUAUUUAA